GAUUUUUGUGUAUUGUUUGGAUAUUAGCAUCCGGUUUAUAUUUUGUUUUAACCAAUCAAAAAUAAGUCGGAAUCCUACACGUAAACCAUAAUUUAAUGACUCUUUGAUUAAUUAAUGGCUCAAUCGAAAUGUCGAAAUUUUCAUAUUGUCGAAAGCUCAAACCUUUCUGUCUCUCUUCCGAUUUUUUAUCUGAAAAGUGAGAAACACAAAACCAAAAAAAGCAACGAUUUUGUCCUCUGUUUUAUGGUUCAACUUCGGUUUAUUAAAUCUCUAUGCCCUCACGAUCAAUCUUGGCGCCGGCUCCGGCGACUCUAGCUCCAGCUCCGGAUAAGACAACUCAUAUCUUCCCACCUGUAGCGGCGGCUGGAGCCGGCGCCGGCGGUUUCUCUCUCUUCGUAUCUCUCUCCGUCUGUUUCUGCAAGUUCAGCCGGAAACGUUCAUCAUCACCGCCGGCGGAAAACGCUUCCUCUUCCCAUCGGAAACAGCCGCCACGUGAGUUCUCCUAUUCCACUCUCCGUCGCGCCACCGGCUCUUUCUCGCAGGCGAAUAGGCUAGGUCAAGGCGGGUUCGGCGUUGUUUUCCGAGGAACGAUCUCCGGCGGCGAGAAUGUAGCCGUAAAGGUAAUGGAUUCAGGAUCUCUCCAAGGUGAAGGUGAGUUUCAGAACGAGUUGUUCUUCGCCUCCAAGCUUGACUCGCCUCACGUUGUCCCUGUUCUUGGCUUCUCUCACGAUCGAAAACGACAACGUUUGCUUCUUGUUUACAAGCUCAUGGACAAUGGUAAUCUCCAGGAUGCUCUGCUUCACCGGAGAUGCCCUGAGCUUAUGGAUUGGAAUCGGAGGUUUUUGGUUGCUGUUAACAUCGCGGACGGAAUUGAGCAUCUUCAUAGUCUUGAACCACCUGUGAUUCAUGGAGACAUUAAGCCUAGCAAUGUUUUGUUAGAUCAACUCUUCUCCGCCAAGAUCGCUGAUUUUGGUCUGGCUAGGUUGAAACCUGAGCAGGUUGAGAUCACGGUAGCGCCGGAGCGUGACGGAGAUGGGUCCAUGGCUGAAGAAGUAGAGAGUGUGAUAACUACUGUGACUGGUUAUGAAGAUUUUAACUUUGGGUUGGUUGAUCAGUCGCCGGAAAGUGUUCCUAAGGUUCCUGGGUCGGUCACUGCUUCGCCGGAGACGACUACGGUUGUUUCUGUUUCUCCUGAAAUGGGGGAGAAAACAGAUGAUGAUGGUGGUAGUGUGAUAAUAAAGAAGGGUAAAGAGAUUGAGAGCAAAGAGUGGUGGUGGAAGCAGGAGGGUAAUGUUGAAAGAGGGAAAGUGAAGGAGUAUGUGAUGCAAUGGAUUGGUUCUGAAGUAAAGAAGGAGAGACCAAGCAGCACUGAUUGGAUUGAGGCGUCAAGUAAGAAACUUGAGAAGAAGACUAGCAAGAGGCUUGAUUGGUGGCUUUCACUGGAGGAAGAGGAUGAAAAGAAGAAGAAAAAGAAGCGGAGGAUGGUGAGUGAGUGGUGGAAAGAUGAGUAUCGUAGAGAACUCGCUAAGAAAAAGAAAAAGAAGAAGAAGAAGGAUACGUUAGAAUCCGAAUUAUGUAGUGAUGAUGGGAGUAGCAGUGUGAGUCAAUGGCGGCGUGGUAGUGGUAGCAGCAUAGAUUGGUGGUUAGAUGGGUUGAGUGGUGAACGGUGGUCUAGAGGACGGGGAAAUAGCCAUGAUUCAGUGAGCGGUGAGAUAGCUAAGAGCAGCGGAAUUAGUAGCACGCCGAGCAUGAGAGGAACCGUGUGUUAUGCAGCGCCUGAGUACUGUAACUUAGAUAACAAUGUGUCUGAGAAAUGCGAUGUGUAUAGCUACGGUGUUCUGUUGUUAGUUCUGAUCUCCGGGAGGCGACCCUUGGAGAUGACGGGAUCCGCUAGUGAGAUCCAACGUGCAAACCUCAUGUCUUGGGCGAGGAAGCUGGCAAGAAGAGGGAAACUUGGUGAUCUUGUGGACCAAAAGUUGCAAAAUGUAGAUCAAGAACAAGCAGUGUUGUGCAUAAAGGUGGCCUUGCUGUGUCUGCAAAGAUUCUCGGUUUCAAGACCGUCGAUGAAAGAGGUUUUGGGAAUGCUCAAAGGAGAAGUAAGUCUACCGGAGUUGCCUACUGAGUUCUCACCAUCGCCACCAUUGAAAACAACGAGGAAGCAGCGCCGUUGAUUAACUUAGGAAUCAGUUUUGGUGACUGUUUAAGUGUUAAGUGCGUUACACGGUUAGUUUUAGGAAUUUAUUUAAUCUUCACCAUACUUUCCAACUUGUGCUAAAUUAGUCUGUUGUUUUGUCUUCAUACCCAUUGACAUUGAUUCAUAAUCAUCUAAUUUGUUCACAUCUUUAUUCUUAAUGUCAUACACUUCUUCAAA